GUAGAGAGGUGGAGUAGCCACGUGACCUUCGAUUGCGAUCGCCGAGUUCCUGGAAUAAACAAAACAAAUGACAGCUGAUGAAGGGAAGACGCGACCAGCGAUUGUCAAUCACCCAGAUUUGUUGGAUUCUCGUUUUUAAGACUAGUACAAAGCCACACUGUGGAGUGUGAACAGCCGACGCGUUGAAAUGUUGUCGCUUAGCAUAGCGCAACUAGCUAACGACUAGCUUAGCUUUAUGAGGCAUCGACUGUCAUGGUGGAGUUGUUUGUUUCGUUUCCGCUGAUAAUUCUGUGUUUAUGCAAUUAAUUUACAUUUUUACGCGAUGUUUCAGCUGUUUUAAGGAUGAAUGUAUGACAGGUUGCGACACCUCGAAUCGACAUCCGAACGAUGUCGUGUUCAUGUAUGGACGAACACUCUUCGACUUUAGUGUAAAGACCUCAAAUAAUAAGGUUGUGCAUGACGACACCUUGUCUUUAGUACGAUGGCGUCACUGUUAGUCUUUUAAAUUUCUUAUAAGUUUGUUUGCCAGUAGGGACAGGACUUAUCUUGACACCACUUGUCAACCACUACUCAGCUGUUUAUCAGUCGCAGCACAUCUCGGCUCGUUUUGGCAGAAUGUUGCAAGAAUGAAGGGAGAGGUCGGUUCCUCGAGGAGGAACUAAUUUCACAUGUUUGCCAGUGUGAUCUGAGGAGGAGGGAGGCUGAGAGAACCACAGGUCCGCUAUGGAGGCUGUGAGACGGGAGAAGAGCAAGUCGAAGUCAAGUGGAAAGUCUCAGACGAGAAAGCCGAAGACAUCAGCCGAAAACAAAAGAGAGGCUGCACCUUCUGUCUCUCAUGAAGGUGACUUCGCUAGCAUCCCGCUCAGUCUACCAUGUGAAGUGCCAAAAGAAAGUAAAAGGCAAGAGGAGUCUGCUGAACCUCAUGAAACUACCACCGAAACAUCACAACGGCCAGAAUGUGGGACUCUACAGUCAAACUCAUCUCAAACAAUAGCAGCAUCAACUGACACUUCCAAGUCAGGUCCAGAUUUGUCACAGACGUCACAAGUUACAGAGCAUCUGACUGAGCUCAACCUUGAGAAAGACAAAGAAGAAGAGGAGGAGGCGGGAAAACAGUUUUCUGCAGAUCUAACUAAUGUUUCGCAGGACAGUGACUUGGACUUUGAGAAACACUCCCAGAAUGCUUUGUAUGUUUCAAUUGUUUCACAGUUUGAUAUCCAGAAAGGCCCCAGCGCUCCUGCUCUGUACCCUGCCCUCCCAACGCUGGAGGAAGGAUCCCUCUUAGAACUUCCCGGGAAUACUUUGAAACAUUGCGGGAUGGGGCCGGCAGUUUUGACACUUGCUGAGCUGGAAUCCUCUCCUCCAAGUUUAGAACCUAUAGAGUCAGUCUGCGAGCUUUCCCGGACCAAUCUUUACCCAGAACUUCCCAGGAUAACAACACAAAUUCAGCCAUUUUCACAGGAACAACUGAGCGUUUGGGAACCAGGUGGAGGACUGCGUACUUGGCUGGAGGGUGUGGAGCUUUGUGCGGCUCAGUUCUCUGCCUUGGCGCGACAAGACAACCAUGAAUUGGCUGAACUCCUGCAGAACUACUGGCGCUGUCGAAGACAACUGACGCAGUCUCACACACAGCUGCACACGCAGUCAUCGGACUGUAAAAGUGCACAGAAUCGGCUAUGGAGCUUCAGAGAUCAGCAGUUAACACUUCAGGGCGUGUGUGCAGACCAGUCCAAGGUCUGUGGCUACCAUCGUUUUCAGCAGGCAGAGUUCAGUGAAAGUGUUUUGGCUGAAUUGAAGAGGCAACUUGAAGUGCGAAGCGAACUGCUUCACCAGAAGGUGGCGCUACACGCUUACACUGCUCUGCUGUCUCGGCUGCAGGUGGAAUCGUAUUUAUAUCGCUUGUUACAAGAUUACAUCGGACGUCAAGGUCAGCCAUGUUCGAACCAGCCUCUCAAAGAAGCCAUCAGUGUCCUCUUCAGCUUCACCCGUCGAGUGCUCGACGAUGCGCAGUUUCAGACAGACGUCCAUCAGUGGCUGGAACGACUGGUGGCAGUGUUGCUGCAUGUCGCGGGGUCAGGUGAGCACCUGUACCUGCUGUGUCAUCUGCUGUGCUGUCCCGCUGGAGUCGGAAAAUGGGCUUCUUCCUUCCUGCAGAUUCAAGUUUUGGGCAACUCCUGUGGAGUACAGAACUUCAUGCAAGCCCUCGCUAUCCUGAUGUCACCUGCCAGACACCGUGCAGAGUUUCUGGGACAUAUGAAGCCAUGUGAGAGCCAGAGUUCAACAGCUUCAGGUCCUGGCUCAGGCAACUGGACUCUUGUUGAUGAAGGAGGUGAAGAGGAUGAGGAUCCCGAAAGCAGCUGGUUACUGCUGUGUGAGGAAGAUCUCAUUUCCCUUUUGACCCAGUUCCCCUUCCGACAGCUCUAUUCACACAUGCUGGGCGUGAACCGACUGGGUGUGUAUGAGCCGCAGGCCUGCUCCAGUCAGAAGAUGAUGCGCAUCUUUGCCUUCGCCUCCUCCCUCAUUGAGGUUCUCGCGCUGGGCCUACAAACUUACAACCGGGCUCGUUACAGACAGCUGGUGAAGCGAAUCGGACGCGUCAUUCGAAUGACUUUGUGUUAUGUCAGCGACCACUGGGCCCAGUAUAUGAAUGUGUCCGGCGACGCUGGUUCUGGCUCUCAGACGCAUUCUUUGUCCCUGGACAAGCUGCAGGUUGAAUAUGACCACCUGUUCCUCCGAGCUGUCUUGCAUGUGCUGAGGAACAAAAGGUUGGGCAUUUGGCUGUUUAUGUCUGAGAUGCCUUAUGGCACCUUGUCCAGCUCCAUGCUCUGGAGGGUUCUUUACUUCAUGCAGUGUGCCGAAACAACUCAACUGGAAAACCUAAACACUGUUAAUGACACGCAGUCGUGCAUAACAGCUCUCAGAGAUCCAGACCACCAAGAGAGGUUUGAACAGUGGCUAUGUGAAGUCAACAGUUCUGACGGCAUCUCCCUCCUCACCGCUCUGGCACACAUGGCCACGCCCACUCAAUACUCUGACCCGACCUUCAUCACCACCAUCACUCUCCUUAUUUAUCAGGUGUCCUAUGUGAGUGUGUCCACCAGAGAAAUCUACUCCAAAGUUGGGAGAGAGUUGCUGGCUGCCAUUGCUACGGCCCAUCCGUACGUCAUAUCUGUGCUUCUGGAGAGGCUGAGGGAAACCAUUCAGUCAGUGGGCAUGGUGGCGCUGUACUUGUGCAAAGAGCUGCCUCUGAGUCUGUGGCAGCCGCGACCAGAGGAGCUGUGUGUGAUCGGGUCCUGGUUGCUUCAGCAUCCCCUCUCUGCAGUGGAGAACAGGCUGGCCUGUGUCAUCCUUGAAGGUCUAAACUGGGGUUACACACCUGAUGGAAUGUUGGCCCUUCCUUCAUCUUUCCACACCAAAGUGGCACUGCUGGUGGCGGAAGCUUUUCAGAAGUAUCUUACAGACAAGCCAUAUAGUGGCCUCAUCUCAGAAGGAAUCAAACAGGUGUCAUAUCUCGCCAGCGUCCUUCGAUUGGGCGUCUCACCAGAAGCAUCAUUCAGUCAGUGGGCGUGGCAGCUCCUACUGAGGCUGAAGCUUCAUGGCAAUGCCCAGACCUACAAAGGAGCCUGGUCAGUACCUGCUCUGACUUCCUGCCCGCCUCCAGAGCUGACACGCACUCCCAGCAUGCACUCUGUCCUGCGGGCUGUGAAAGCAGGUCUCCCAAUUGGGUGCUACUUGACUAUCGCCAUGACGACAGUGGGACACAACUUGGAGCAUUUCUGCACCGAAGGAGUCAGUCUGUUGAAGAGUCUGAUUCAGUCUCACCACCUGAGAGUUGCCGUGCACCUUCUCGACAACAUCCUGCCGCCGACGUACCCGCUUAGCUUCUACCUGCUCAACAACUCUCAGUUUGUCAGUUGUAUCCAGUUGUUCCUGCAGUAUGACAGCGUGUGUCCUCAAGGUGUGACGCAGCAGGUCACUCAUCGAGUCGCGCCACUGCUCACAGGAACCAACUACGGUGACAACGUCCGGCUGCUCAACAGUGUCAUCCAGAGCCACGUGGUAGAGAGUUCGCUGCCUGGUCGAGUGGGCGCUGCAGCGGUGUUAGAGUUCUGGGUUGGAGUCUUGACUCAGCAGAACCUUUGGUACCGUGAUAAAACGGUCUUGUUCCUGAUGGAUCAGAUCUGCUGCGCAGCCUUCUCCCAUCACCAGGAAGAAUGUGUGCAGAAGCAUCUCUACCAGCAACAUAAGAAUGCCUUGGGUUGCCACAGUGAUCGAGGACUGCUCUCUACUCUGGUUGGCUGGAUUUCCGGCAAUGCCACACCCUCCUUCAUAGAGGGCCAAUCACUAAGUGGCGAGGUGUGGUUUGCCUGGCUGGUGCUGAACAUGGAGGGAGUCUUCGAGGAGGAUUCUCAGCUCAGACGAUGUGUCGAAAAUGAGCUCCUGUCUGAUUCCAACAUCUCGCCUGAACACGCUCUGAAGAAAGCUCAGCAGAGGCUGAAGCUGCCAGUCGCACCAUCACUGCAGCGACUGCAAGUGUAUCGCUGGGCCUGUCAGGCUUUAGUCACCCCUCCUGACCAUCCCCUGGUUCCUCUUGUGUGGCAAAAGUUUCUACAGCUCUAUCUGAGGCAGCCUGGACCAGAAUAUGGGCUGGCUACAGGCGGAUGUAUCGGCCGAAGAUUCUUCCAGGGUUCUCAUGCCGCCCUGCUCAAAGAUCUAAGACAAAGAAUACAGGAGAUCUCUGACUUCCACCACGCUGCCAGUCAGGCCCUCAGGGUUCCCUCACCGCACACGCCAACAUCCGACCCUCAGACUGAUGAAAGUCAGGACAAUGCUCGCCUGCCUUACCUCACCUCGCCUCUUCUGCAUUCAGAGCUGGUCAGGCUCUGUGGAGUUUUUGCUCUGUGGUUGGAUGAUGAGACGCUGCAGAAACAAGAAGUCUAUCUCCCCUCUCUCCCACCGGAGUAUGAACCACACAGGCUCGCCCAGGUCAUGCAGUGGCAGCAGGAGCUGUGGCUGGAGUUCUUGGACCUGGAGCGUCUUCAUCAUGAUGCGAGGGAAGUGUUGUCUCUGUGGGAGAAAGUGCAGAGUGAGCCAACCUUCCUGCAAAGCCAAAACCCCGGCUUCACUGACUACACCAGCCUCAGCAACGCAAAGGAACGUAUCCUCAACAACCUUCAGAAGCAUCCAGCUCCUCGUCCAGCUCCGGAGCUCCAGCAUCACAAAGCUCCUGUGGCUGACGUGCCUCGUACCUGUCUGUCUGAUGCCAAAGCUGCUUCUGAGUUGCUGCAACAGGACCUCAGCCUCCUGCAGGAGAAAGCCAGGAUUGCAGUUUCACGUGAAGCCCAGCAGGUGGCGUUGGAACAGGAGCUCCUGGAGAGUCUUCCUCUGCUCUACAAGAACCGACCAGAGCAGGUCACCAUGGCUCUGGAGUGUAAGGGGAAAGGAGGGCACCCCUGCCAGGGCCCGGCUAACAUCACUGUCACAUGCGAGUGUGUCCAGAGACAGGAGGCAGUGCAGGCCCAGAUCACAUCGCUGCACAGGGACAUCAAGAAGCUUCAGACAGAUGCGAUGGCGCCCCCUCCUCAAAGCCUCGCUCAGGCUGCGGUUCACACUGAGAACUUCAUCACAGCUCUGGUGAAUGUUUAUAAAGAAGGCAAGUUACCAGCAGUGCAGCAGGUUGGAGUGUUGGCAUUCUACCAGGUGGUAUCCUUUGUGUCUGAGGACACUCUGAGACAUCCGCCCACACGCCAGUACCUGUCCUCAUGUGUGGAGAUACUAGGACAGGUGUUCAUCCAGGGAAAUGCUGAGGAGUGUGGUCGCGUCCUGAAGACAAUCCUGGAGCAGAGGCGUCUCUGCCCGCUCAUCUCCCCCUUCUUUACCCCCAACGCUGCUCCCAGUGAGCUCGUCUUCCUCUACCAGGACGUGGUGACGUCGCUUCAACUGGACCGUGCGGAUGUGAUUUUCAUGCUCCUCACCAAAUUCGAUCUGGCGCACUGGCUGUCUGAAGCCCACCCUGUCUUUGCGGAGAGAACACGCCUGCUGGAGCUGGUUCACGGAGCUCUCUGCGUCUGCAGCCGAGACCCCGAGCCCGAAUUCCUCACUCCCUUCCAUCUCUUCACUAAACACUGGACCCAGCUCCUGCGCCACCGCUUCCCUGACCAUUACAGCGACUGUCUGCGGCUGCUCAUGACAAGUUCCUCAGACCAGCUGCUGAGCCCAGAAUGCUGGAAAGCGACUCUGCGAGUUUUGGGCUGUUUGCCUCCAUCACGCGGCAGCAAGCACAAAGCAGAAAUGAGUCACAGCACUCCAGACAUGUCCAGCCGGACCGCCUCCCCACACAGAGCCGCCAUCACCCUCUCCCCUCAGCAGGCUGAGGAGACAGUGGAUUGGCUGAGUGACUUCUUCCUCAAAAGUCGUCUUAGUAAGCCCGACCUGCGCAGCUUCGGCCUCUAUUCAGCCUGGACCCCCUACAUUGACCAAGUGGUUUCCUUCUUUGACCACCUGGCGGGCGUUUUGAUCAGUGCAUCCCUCAGCUGCUGCGCCAGGGAGCCCCUGGGCAGCGGUAAAACAAUUAAAGCGCUGCAGGAUCUCCAUGGCAGAAUUGUGAGGCUGUUCCGACCCUGGAUCUUCCCUCUGGACUCUGAUGAUGGCAGUAACCUCAAGUGCUACCCCUGGCUGGAGAGCGAUGCAAGCACGGCGGGAUGUCUGGUCGGCCUCUACACCCAACUCUCUGAGACACUGCACCACAAAUUCCGAGAUCGCCUGCUCCCUGGUCAGAGAGGAGCCCUGUGGCUGUGUAUGAUGCAGUACUGUGAGAGCUGCACGUCUCCUCGCACCCCAGAAUACCUGCUGUACCUGUACCACACGCAGCUGCGCACUCUACCCUGGCGAUUCCUGCAGCCCGACACCCACCUCAUGGAGCAGCUGUUUAAUGUGGAGAGAGGAAGUCCCAAGAGCUGCUUCCUGUUCAUGGGAGAGGUCUUAUGUGAGGUGAACUGGGUCAGUGUUCUCAGUGACCACAUGCAUGCACCUCCAGUGACGGGCGUUUAUCCGACCCUUCCAAAUCCGGUCCAGUCAGAGUCGCACACCAUGUUGGUCUACCUGCUAUACAUGCUAGUUUUCCUGGCUAAAGAGGAGCAGCUGCUGAGUCAGCAGGACUCCCCCCUCCUCAGUCUGCUGGUCCAGUGCACCACCCUGCCCUGCCAUGAGCUGGACCUGCCCUCCUUCAGGGGCCUUCUGAGUUAUGUCAGCACCCACUACCCCCCCUCCCUGAUGCUAAGUGCCGAUUCGGCACCACAGCUGAUGCUGAAGUUACUGAGAUCUGCAGCGGGACUCCAGCCCCGAGCCAAUGAGGUUCCUCACAGAGAGGCGACACCAAAAGCCCGUGCAUACGUGUGCUGGAGCGUACAGUGCCUUGUGACUCUUGAGCAAGGCGGCAGCAUCAACCUGGCCAGUCUGCAGACACAGCUGGAGUCGCUUCUGGACAGCAUUGUCACACACAACCCGUCAGAGACGGGUCUGGAGCAGCGACACAUGGCGUUCUGCGAUCUCUUCAGCGAUGCCCUUGCUCUGCUGAACGGUGUUGGCGUCUCCACGGGGGAGGCUCUGGCUGCCCAUGUGAUAACCUGGCUGGACAAGAAGGGGAGGGGUUUUCCCAUCCUGCCUCUGCUCACAGCGUGUUCCCGCUGCCUGGCCUCAGUGCGUCACAUGACCCGCAUCAUGGAGGCCUGCAUCUGCGCAUAUUUCAGCCAUGCGGAGGAGGAGGCUGUCGGCUGGGGUCCAGUGUUGGCCUCACUUCAGGUGCCCGAGCUCACUGUGGACGACUUCCUCUCAGAAAGCCAAUCCGGAGGCAGCUUCCUGACGCUGUACGCCUUCGUCCUCCAGCGCCUUAACUCGGAGCACACAGCAGCCAAUGAGAGAAGGACCUUGGCUUUGAUCAACACCUGGACCAAUCAAGUCUUCCCCAGUGGUCCGGAGCACGAAGCCAAGCUGUUCCUGUGGUGGCACAAGGCUCUGAACCUGUCAGCAGAGCAGCUGCAGCCGCAGCUGAGUCAGGGUGAGACCUCCGGAGUGGUCCUGGGUCUUCUGAGGCUGCAAACCCGCCUGCUGCAGCUGGGAGAGGAAAGACUCAACUCAGGGCUGCUGGGGGCCAUCGGCCUCGGGAAGAAGUCCCCGGUUUCAAACAAGUUCCGAGUGGUGGUCCGAAGUCUGGCCACGUUCCUCUCAGUUCAGAUACCUUCAGAAACGGAGAUCCGACUUCAGCCGAGCAGCGACUUGGUGCUCUCCGCCAAAGCACAGCAAACGUUGGGGAUGCUGGAGACAAUGUCCAGCAAUAAACACUACGCCGAAUUUGAGGAUUCUGUGAAUAAAGCAGUCCAGUUCAUCCGCUACCCCGGACACUGCCUGAAAGACGGCCCACGGCUGCUGGCGCUGCUGGCCAACCUGCUGUACCCAGAGCUCCGAUACCUUCACAUCAUCCACUGACCCGGUCCACGCACUGCCUGGUGGACGAAGUGACGCUGGUGUCUGUACUUAGACAGUCUGGCUGGAGCACAAUGACUUCUUUUAUGAUCGAGCCUUGUUGACUUUUUUAUGCUUGCAUUUUCUCAAUGAUGCCUGUGGUAUUCCUGAUCUUAGAGGAUCUUGCACUAAUUUAUUCAUGAGGAUCAUAAGUUGCGGUGUGGAGUUCAACACAACAUGUUCUCUCGGAUCACCUCAAGGAGCGUGAAGAUCAUCCCACUUCACUGAGUGAGCGGUGACACCAUUACAUUGAAGACACAGAACUGCCUCUUUCAAGUUGCCAGUGUUAUAUUCAUGUUCAUCCUCAAGUGCUUUCCUUGUUUUUUGCCAAAGAAAAAGUAUGUUUUGUCCCAUCAGCCAACAAAUGUUUGUCAAUAUUGCUGUCAUCCGUUUCCCCAGGGGAAGCGGUGAUGGAGACACACACAGCCCUGCUUCCUUAUAAAGUUGUGUUGGCAGCAACAGUGUGUUGAGGUUCUGUUGGCAGCGCUACAGGAACCUCUUCGUCUACGUGUGUUUUGAUUUGUUUGAAGAGAAUAUAUCAGAUGUGUUUCUCUCAAAACCAUGCAUUUGUUUGAUUCUAAAUCGUCCUGAAGCGGACUGAGCUGGUUUUAUUGUAGGAUCUUUAAAUACUAGCUGUUUUGAAUAUGCCUUUUUUGUUUUACUGUGUUGAUAUUAGGGAGGUUGAGCCCUGUAAUGUGCAUCCCUGGAUCAUAACAAACCAUCAGCAGGACAUAGAAGAUGGAGCCCUUUUGAUCUGAUAAAUGCUGUGAAAGUUAAGGAUGUAAAAUUGUUUGCUGUCAAACAAAAAGGCUUGAAGAACCCUUAAGAACCAUGAGAAUCAGA